AUGGAGCAGCAGGAUACACGCCCAUACUCCUGGGAACAAGUUGUGUCCUUCGUCAGUUACGAUGCUCACGGCAACACUCUCUUUGUCCUAUAUCUGGACAGCCCAGAUAGUGUGAGGACAGCAUUGAAAAAAAGGCUGAUCGCAGCUAAAACGAUCUUGUCUUUGGAGUGGCAUGUCAUCUUCCUUGGAGUUUUGCGAGACAGAUAUGACGAAUCGGUCUGGUCAUUGAGGGAUUGCGUUCGAAACGCAGAACUUGCACGUGAGUCAGCCCAAGAGUUUAGGCCAGAAUUUAUGCAUCUCCAUGAGAUUGCACGCCAUCUGCUCCACUCGAACGAAACUUUGGACGUCACAGUCGACACAAUCAAACGGAUCCUGGCCAGCUACCCUAGGCUUCUUCCCCCUGAAAGAAGAGAUGAUCUGGCGCUACUCAAUCUUCAUGACAGAACUUCUGCGCUAGAGAAGGAUGUUCAGGGAAUAAAAAGGCGAUCUGAAUCUCUGACUCAACGCCUGCAGAACAAGAUCGAUCUUGCGUACAAUCUCGUGGCUCAGCGCGACAACCAAAUUAUGGUCCAGAUGGGCGAGCGUGCUCGUCAAGACAACAACAACAUGAAACUGAUCGCCGUAGUUGGCUUGGUGUACCUCCCUGGGACCUUUGUAUCCAGUCUUUUUGGGAUGAACUUUUUCUCGUUCGUCGAGGAAAACGGCCAGCAGAGAUGGCAGGUGUCCGAGAAGUUCUGGCUAUACUCAGUGUGUCCAUCAACCAAGUAA